UGCAUACCCGGGAGUGAAGUACACAGCUCCGAGAAUCUUUCGUUGUGCAACCGUGGGCAGGUAAAGAAAAGGGAGAAAUUUCUUGUUCGGCAGUUCUACCCUCUAAUAGUUGCAUAGGUUUCCUCCGCGAUAACAGAGAUACUACUGGCAUUUAGUUUAUAUUCUUGAAGCUUGGUGCGCGAAAAUGAAGUGCCCCGUUUGCAUGUUUCCGACAGCAAUUGUGAUGGCUGCAAUUGUUGCAGGAUUCUGUGAGGGUAUUGAGAUGUUGAGUGGAUGCAAGGUGUCCUCUCGGGAUGACCUAACCAACCGUGUCACCAAGAAGAGCCUGCUGCACUCGGUCGAAACACUCCUCCGCCAGUCGGAGAACCUGAAAGAGAGGCUGAAAGAGGGAAAAGGUGAAUGCAUUACACUCAGCUUUACCAACUUUGACAUUGACCUGGACAAGCUACGGGGCUACGCCGAUGUUGCUAUUCGCAAUGCACGCAUAGUCUCUGACAUGUACAACAGCAAGAGUGACUCGUUCCUCGAGGCGUUCGGCUGGCCCGGUAACAUCACCGACUUGAUGGCCGACAACAACUGUGCCAGAGGGGGAAAUCCCUUCUCCGGCGGGCAGCCAAUCCUGGCCAGUCUUACACUGUCUGCGCUGAGCGCUAACGUAGCCAUGUUUGCAGCUGGAUCAUGCCAAGCACCUAGCGAUGCAGACGAAAAGGCGGAAUGCUUCUAUCGCUACAGGAACCUAAGCAGAACAGAAAAUAAUUUUAUGCUCAAUACGGGCCGCUUUGUAGUGCUUGAGGAGGAGUGGUUUGCAACUCCUCGCAGGUUUGUCGAGGAGAUCAACGCAAAACUGAGCACCGGUCGUGAACUGAGCAAUGCGUCUCUGCCGGUGACGGCCGCAGUCCGUGACGUUGGCUCACGCAGCGUGCGUGACUUCAGCAUUGCCUACAGCCCAUUGCUCUGGACGGAUCCGUACUACGACUGUGUUCUGGGAUUCAUCUGGAUGAUCACGUACUCGGCACCAAUCAUCCGCACGCGUGACGACGGCCAGCUUGAGUUUGUAGGCAUGGCCGCCAUUGACAUCAACCUGUCAGACCUGGACCUGAACGAAUGCGGAAACGUCUCGAGCGGCGAAAGCGACGACGCUGGCGGUGCAAGCAGCGCAUCGCUUGCCUUUGACAAGUUCCGCAACACGCACCUCUGCGAGCCCGCCACAACCGAGUGUCGUCCACUUGCUGGCCUAGGCUUCAACUUUGGCUCGUACAGGUGCCAGUGUAAGAAGGGUUUCUAUCGCCGUGGCAACACCGGUGGCAGCCUCCCCGGCGAGGAACAGUACUUUAAUGGUGUUGAUAUCGAGGAUGCCACCGAUAUGGUCCGCUCGACCAGUGCGUGUGGCUGCUCUGCGCGUCAGGCAUGUAUGAGUACGACGGAGGAGAUACGGCGCAUCCUGGACGAGCAGUUCUCCUGCGUGCCAUGCCCUGAAGGCUGCAUAGAGUGCACGAGCGGAGAGGAAGUCUGCACGCUCCAGAGCAGCGCGGGUCUCGUUGCCUUUCUCACUACUCUCAACAUCAUAGCCAUCAUUCUGUGCGCCGCGCUGAUCGUGUUUGUGGUGCUAUCCCGGCACUCGCACUCGUUCCGCGCCGCAAGCUGGCCGUUCCUCGUCAUUAUGCUGCUCGGUGCUAUACUAGCUCUGCUUGGCGUGUCAAUGCCGGCGUUCUCCGGUGGCUUUUCUGCCCUGCAACCCAGUAACCUGCAGUGUGCGCUGGCACCCUGGUGCUACUUCAUGGGCUUCGCGCUCACCUACGGCAGCGUGCUCGUCAAAACCUGGCGCCUCUAUCAGAUCUUCUCCGGGCGGCGGUUCCGCGGCCGGAGCCGCGAGGUGCUGAGCAACGCCGACCUGGCUCUGAUGCUGCUGGGCAUCGCGGCCGUCUUCUUCGUUUUGCUCUCGUUCUGGACCGGUGGACUGCCCUCGUACGUCCAGCACUCGCGCACCUCCGCCGCCUCGCUGCAGUACAGCUACUGCUCGACAUCCUUUGUGGACAACGUCAUGCUCAUCGUCACGCUGCUCGUCGUCCUCCCGGCCGUUUACUACAGCUCUCAGCUGCGUAACCUCGUCGACGAGUUCUCCGAGACCAAGGAGAUCUUCGUCAGCGUGUACGCCUUCCUGGCGGUUCAGAUUCUCUUCUUGGUGGUGCGUAAUGUCUUCACGUUGCUGCCGGACAUGCGAUACCUGCUCGACACACUGGACGUUCACUUCUCUUUCAGCUUGCUUGUCGGCGUCUUCUUCUUGCCCAAAGUGCUGAGGUUGGUGAGGGGAGGUCAGUCGGGUAGUCCUAGCCGUCGCCACACAGCUACGGCUACACGUGUCAACACGUUCAGACGAAAGACCAUCACGCAGGUGCAGGAUGAGGGUGCUGACGAGGUUGACGAGACGAAAUAGCACAAGUGGUAUUCUAGCACCCCACACCCACCCACACCUACCCACGCACCCACCCACACACACACCCAUCAUGUGACACACCCACCCACACACACCCAUGCUCUGUAGUGCACUGAUGUAGCGUUGAAGAUUGCUUUUUUAAAUUCUUAUUAAUAUUAGCUUCCAGCCUCACACAUGUUAUGCUGUAGACUUUUACAUCAUGACCCGAAAAUCCACACCUUUUGUACUGUUAAAAAAUCUUUCUAUGGAAUGGCCAUGGUGCUGCCGAACACUUCUUUUGGUCAGACUCACGUUUCUUUGCUAUAACUAAAUACCCCGGCUUUGCUCUCCGCUCAUUAAUUUUAUGAUUGAAAGUUCGAUCACCUUGG